AUGCCAAAAUUUCUCAAGAUUGCUGCAGCGCAGAGCCGAACCCUUGACACAACAGCCAACACUCUCAAACAACUUGAGACAAAGGUCAAAGAGGCUGCCGCCGAAAGCGUUGACCUCAUUCUUUUCCCAGAGGUUUAUUUGGGCGGAUAUCCCCGAUCGGCAACAUUUGGUGCUAAGAUUGGCGAGCGUACUCCAGAUGGCUAUCACCAAUACCUGUCGUAUUUUCAGGGGGCCAUUGAUCUCGGAGAUACCCCCGAAGGUGGUGACGAGGAUUGGGUCAGUCGCCGACUACCUACCAACGAGAACGGAGUGCGUGGAGACGGUAUACGAGAGGAGCUAGAAAGAAUUGCCCACGAGACUGGAGUCUAUGUCGUCACCGGCGUAUUGGAGCGAUCUGGAGGUACGCUAUACUGCUCCGUGGUAUAUGUCGAUCCGGCCAAAGGAAUCGUUGGAAAACGACGCAAAGUUCUUCCUACGGGAAGUGAGAGACUUGUUUGGGGCCAGGGCCAACCUCGGUCUCUUAAAGCCGUGAGCACAACUAUUAAAGGAGUCAAGAUCUGCCUCGCCGCUGCCAUCUGCUGGGAGAACUACAUGCCCCUCUUGCGCCAGGCGUUGUAUCAGCAGAAUGUGAACCUAUAUCUCGCCCCGACUGCGGACGGGAGGCCAACAUGGCUUCCUCUGAUGCAGACAAUCGGAUUCGAGGGACGGACUUUCGUCGUCAGCUCCAACCAAGCUGUCCGCGAUGAUCAGCUGCCGGAGUGGAUCAGCGAGGUAAAGCGGGAGGGAAAGUUCAUCAGCGGCGGAGGUUCGUGUAUUAUUUCGCCCUUUGGCAAGGUUCUCGCUGGGCCGAGCUGGGACAAAGAUGGAGAGCUGCUCAUCCAGGAGCUGGACUUUGAAGAAUGUGAGAAAGGUCGACUGGAUUUGGAUGUUGCUGGAUCCUAUUCGCGGAAUGACUCGUUUCAUUUGACGGUCAAAGGCCUUGAUUUAAUCCCACCUCCUUAG